UUUGAUGAUAGCGAUCCCGCUAUAUAAGCGUUUUAAGAAAUAUGGUCGUAUUUGCCUGCUGAGUUUUGCAACGGCACGGCAGUUCCGUUUGAACAACUCGUAAGGAUGCAGUCUGUGCUGGCCUCGUUGCUGGCCGCAGUAAUCUUGUUGGCAAACUCUAACGUGCAAGGUCAACAUGAUCCUCACUUCUGGAGUGGACAUAGUGGAAUUGUGCAUCUGUUUGAGUGGAAAUUCUCGGAUAUUGCUCUCGAGUGUGAACGGUUUUUGGGACCACGAGGCUACGGAGGUAUUCAGUUGUCGCCAGUAAAUGAGAAUGUCAUUGUUCAACUAGGAAGCAAUCGUCCUUGGUGGGAACGAUACCAGCCCGUAUCGUAUAAGCUAAUAACGCGUUCAGGGAAUGAACAGGAUUUCCUGGAUAUGUCUCGUCGUUGUAAUGCAGUUGGAGUUCGUCUGUACGUGGAUAUCAUCAUCAAUCAUAUGUCCAGGGAUCCAAACGAUGGUUCUAUCGGAACGGGUACCGCCGGUUCUACUGCCAAUUCUGCUACACGUGAUUAUCCCGCUGUUCCGUUCUCAAACAUUGAUUUCAAUCCUUCCUGUCCGAUCACCGAUUGGGGUAACGCUUGGCAAGUAAGAAAUUGUGAGCUAUUGGAAUUGCCCGACUUGGAUCAGAGUAGGGACUGGGUUCGCGACAAGAUCGUCGAAUUUUUGGAUCAUUUGAUCGAUCUGGGCGUGGCUGGUUUUCGAGUUGACGCUGCUAAGCAUAUGUAUCCGCAUGAUAUGGAGGUGAUCUUCAAUCGUUUGAGAAAUCUCAACACCAACUUUGGGUUUGCUGCAGGAUCACGUGCGUUCAUGAUGCAAGAAGUCAUCGAUGGUGGUGCUCAUGAACCCAUCAGGAAGUAUGAGUACACCCAUCUUGGAACAGUAACCGAGUUCCAGUACUCAUUCUAUGUCGGACGUGCAUUUACUGGAGGUGACUUCCUCGUAUGGCUGAGAAACUUUGGAGAAGAAUGGGGAUUGUUGCCAUCAAUAGAUGCUCUAGUUUUCGUGGAUAAUCACGAUAACCAACGUGAUCAUGCAUUGACUCAUAAAACACCGAAGGCGUACAAGAUGGCCACUGCCUUCGCUGCUGCUUAUCCUUUCGGACAACUGCGUCUUAUGAGUUCCUUCUACUUCGAUGACAGAGAUCAAGGACCACCACAGGAUGGCAAUGGAAAUAUAGUUUCUCCGUCGAUCAAUCCGGAUCAAACCUGUGGAAACGGCUGGGUCUGUGAACAUCGUUGGCGCCAAAUCGCCCACAUGAUCGACUUUAGAAAUGUUUGCUGGGGAACUCCUAUGAUAAAUUGGUGGUCCAACGGCGAAAACAAAAUCGCAUUCGCUCGUGGAAAUUGUGGUUUUGUGGCUUUCAACAAUCAGCAAGGGCAGGAUAUGCUCGAGGUUCUCCAAACCGGUCUUCCCGCGGGAAUUUAUUGUGACGUUAUUUCUGGUGAAAGAGUAGGACACUCUUGCACGGGAAAAUCGGUUACUGUGCUUGCUGAUGGUCGUGCAUCCAUUCACAUUCCCCACGACGGCGAAGAUGGUGUUCUUGCUUUCCAUAUUGAGUCUCGAAUCUAAACCAGCACCCAGUUAAGUUCUUCGUAGAUGUCGCAGUUAUAGCGAAACCACAAAUCAGCACACAAUUUGGAACAGAAGAGUACACUCAAUACGACCAAACGACUUUGUUUCCGUCUGGAAGAAAAGAUAUCAUAUUACGAUUGAUUCGAGACAUAAAUAAAAUCAACGAACAAGUGAUCUCACCUUUUGA